GCCUGUGUUUUUUAGUUUGAUUUAAAUUUACAAUUAAAAUUAAUUAAAUAAAAUUUCCCACUCAAUGUUAUUUUUAUAGCAAUACAAUGGUUAAUGAAGAAUUAUUACAAGAUUAUUCAAAUUCUAUUCAAAGCCUAAAGAGACAAUGUAUAGAAAGAGGCAUGUCAGAAGAAGAAUUCAAAAACUUAUAUUAUCAUAGUCUUAAUUCAAUUGAAAUACAAAACAAUUCAUUGAUACGAAACCGAAGCCGACUGGCUAAAAAACAUAUACUUUUAUUGGCAGUGUUAAUUAUUAUUUGUUUUGUUUAUAAUUAUAAAUUUUUAUACAGUUGUCUAGUAUGUAAUUUGCAAGAAUAUAUAUAUCCUGGAUUGAGAUUAUUGAGGAGAAUAUCCAUUCCGUUUAUAUCACUCUUCCCUUCCUUAACUGAUUACUACCAUGAAACUUGUUUGAUACAAAAUCCUUUUUUUACGGUUGUGGAUAUGGAUUGUUGGCCUUGCAGUACAAUACAUAAUGUUGGAGAAGUCCAAAAUCCAAAGCCAGUAACCCAACAACUGACUGCACCAUUUAUAUAUGAGACUGAUCAACAAGUGAUAAAUAUGGAAGCAUUAAAAGAUAUGUAUGAGAAGAAUAGAAAUAUUUUUGACAAAGAAUCUUCAAAAAUAUUAGCUAAUAACAAACAUUACAUUAGCCCAUCCAUAAUGUUUUCAUAUGAAGAAGAAGCAAAAAGUUUAUACACAUGUGGAAGUAGAAAAGUACAUUUAGUUCCUGCUGAAGAGUGUAAACAUCAAUGCAAAACCUUAAAAGUGGAUUUAAAGGAAACUUAUUUAUUAUGGUAUAAUUGGUGGUACUGGAGACCUGUGUUACAACCUUCAUUUGGAAAUGAAACACUUAUUGCACAUGUUGGGUCUUAUUGUUGAUAUUAAUGUAAAUAAAAAAAUGAAAUUGUUGGAAUGUACAAAACACCAAUUUAAUAACAUAUUAUAUUAAUAUGAAAUGCCAUAAAUAAAUUUUACUAAAAA